GGGCAGGCAGCCGGGCGGGCGGCGGAGGCAUGGGGCCUGGUCCUGCCGGCACCAUGGCCAAGACCGUGGCCUAUUUCUACGACCCUGACAUGGGCAACUUCCACUACGGGGCAGGGCACCCUAUGAAGCCCCAUCGCUUGGCAUUGACCCAUAGUCUGGUCCUGCACUACGGUCUCUAUAAGAAGAUGAUCGUCUUCAAGCCGUACCAGGCCUCCCAGCAUGACAUGUGCCGCUUUCACUCUGAGGACUACAUCGACUUCUUGCAGAGAGUCAGCCCCACCAAUAUGCAAGGCUUCACCAAGAGCCUUAAUGCCUUCAACGUGGGCGAUGACUGCCCAGUGUUUCCCGGGCUCUUUGAGUUCUGUUCCCGUUACACAGGCGCAUCUCUGCAAGGAGCAACCCAGCUGAACAACAAGAUCUGUGAUAUUGCCAUUAACUGGGCUGGUGGUCUGCACCAUGCCAAGAAAUUUGAGGCCUCUGGCUUCUGCUAUGUCAGUGACAUUGUGAUUGGCAUCCUGGAGCUGCUCAAGUACCACCCUCGGGUGCUCUACAUUGAUACUGACAUCCACCACGGUGAUGGAGUUCAGGAAGCCUUCUACCUCACUGACCGGGUCAUGACAGUCUCCUUCCACAAACAUGGAAACUACGUCUUUCCUGGCACAGGUGACAUGUAUGAAGUUGGAGCAGAGAGUGGCCGCUACUACUGUCUAAAUGUGCCCUUGCGGGAUGGCAUUGAUGACCAGAGUUACAAGCACCUUUUCCAGCCAGUUAUCAACCAGGUAGUGGACUUCUACCAACCCACGUGCAUUGUGCUCCAGUGUGGAGCUGACUCUCUGGGCUGUGAUCGUCUAGGCUGCUUCAACCUCAGCAUUCGAGGACAUGGGACAUAUGAAACAUCGCUGCUGGUAGAAGAGGCCAUUAGUGAGGAGCUUCCCUAUAGUGAAUACUUCGAGUACUUUGCCCCGGACUUCACACUCCAUCCAGAUGUCAGCACCCGCAUCGAGAAUCAGAACUCAAGCCAGUACCUGGACCAGAUCUGCCAGACAAUCUUUGAAAACUUGAAGAUGCUGAACCAUGCACCUAGCGUCCAGAUUCAUGAUGUGCCUGCAGACCUCCUGACCUAUGACAGGACUGAUGAGGCUGAUGCAGAGGAGAGGGGUCCUGAAGAGAACUAUAGCAGGCCAGAGGCACCCAAUGAGUUCUAUGAUGGAGACCAUGACAAUGACAAGGAAAGCGACGUGGAGAUUUAAGAGCAGCUGGGCUUGCUCUAUCCCAAGGAAUUCCUUUUUACCUCUUGUUUGGGCAGGAGGGAAAAGAUGUGGCGCCCACAGCCCUGGAUGGUCACUUUCAGGGCUUUACCAGUGCUGGAGGAGGGUUUGGAGACCACACCUGGUUUUUGAACCAACUAUCCCCUUUACUGUAUUUCCCAAGGCCUGACAAUGGUACUUAUUAGGGAUUGGAUGGGGACAAGGAUAACUUCCCCUAGGACAUCUUGGGCAAUGGGCCCUAGAUGCUGUUCCCAGCUACUUUGGCCCCCUUAUUCCUUUCCUGCUUCCCUCCAACCCAGAGACUUACAGGGACAAAGAUGUUAGACGGGAGUAAAGUUGCCUCUGACUUUCUCCUUUCUUGGUUUCCCCUACAGCAAGCCUCGUUUUCAGUGCAGGUGAAGAGUGAGGGAUUUUAGGGGUUUCUGGCUCUCUAACAUCUUAACCCCAGAUGAUGGGAAAUACGGUUUUGAGUCCAGGGAGGAUGUAAAAAUGUCUCUUUCUAACUUUUGGCUUUAUGUCCAUUUUACCACUGUUUUUAUCCAAUAAACCAAGUUGGUAUU